AGAACGAGGCUGCCCGCGACGGGUCGUUUGGAACGAAAACCCCCGAACGCUCAAUGUGGAGCGUUCGAAAUGGAUUCGCCUUCGCCGCCGCGGCCCAAGCGACUCCGCCUCGCGGAACAGCGAGGGCUGCAGCCUCGUGGUGCUGGUGGCGGCGGCAGCAGCAGCAGCAGCAAUGGCGGCCUGCUCUAGUUGGCGGCCUGCUCCUGUUGAAGUGCCCCGGCUGCCGGGCUCUGCACUGCUCCUCCGUGCUUUGCGGCUCCAGGAAUCUGCUCAGGAAGUUCCUCUCUAAAAAAAAGAAGAAGUUUUGGUAUGAUAGUCCUACACUGGGCUCUCACCUGGUAUACAAGCCAUCCAACUUGGCAAGUGUAUUAAAGCUUCCGCCACCAAAAGCGAAGAAGGAAGACAGUAUACGUAAAAGGACCCUGGAUAGCCUGUUGUUUAAAGCCGUGAGAGAUGUGCUGAGUACCUGUGAUGCUGGCCAAGAACUUCAUGAUCUCAGAUUGGAACUGUCUAAGGCAUCCCUUACAUCAGAUUUUUCAACAUGCCGUAUGUAUUGGAGGACUACUGGCAAUACAGAACAGGAUGAUUAUAUUGACAACGUUCUGCAGAAGAGUGCUUCACGUAUAAGACACAUUCUGAUUACACAUCAGGUCCUGGGAAAUGUUCCUUCAAUAGUGUUUCUUAGAGAUAAAGAAGAUGCUGCUGUGAGAGAAAUUGAGAAGUUACUGGCAAUUGCUGAUUUUGGGCCUGAAAAUGAAGAAAAUGAAUUGGUUCAAAAUGAUUUCAGUGAACGAAGAUCCACCAUGGCUGACACAACUUUGGACUCAUCACACUCUGGCAUCCACACUAAUCUGUUUGGAAUUGAUCAUGAAACUUUAAAUCAGCAAAUAAUUGAAUACAAAAACUUGAAAAAGGUCAAGGAAAUUGAAGGGAUUGGACUGUCAGAGCAACAACAGCAACAGUUGGCUGAGAUACAAAAGCAAAAGAAAUUGAGAUGGAAGAAAUCCAAGAAACCCUCUGAUGAUGAUAUUACACCUCAGAAAUAUCUAAUGGACAAAUACUAUGAAGAUUUUUCAGACAGUGAAUUUGCAUCCUCACAGGAAAAUGAACCACAAUAUGAUCCAGAAGAAAUAGAAAAUGAACUGGAAGUAGAUAAUAGAACCACAAAGCUUAAAUAAACCUGUAAAACUGUG